GUGACGAGACGCCUGGAGGAGACCAUCGAGUACCACAACAACGCUGAGGACACGACCUUCCUGGAGAACGCCUUCUACAUCCUGGCCUUCUUUACGGCGGAGAACUACUGGGAGAUCGUCGUGGAGAUGCUCUUCAAGCUCCUCUACUUCAACGUGGCGAUCAAGAUCUACUUCAACGUGGCGAUCAAGAUCUACUUCAACGUGGCGAUCCAGAUCUACUUCAGCGUGGUGAUCCAGAUGUACCUCAAGGAGAUGCUCAUCUUCUUCCUCAACGCGAUGAUGUUCGUGGACCUCUUCGUGACGAUUCACCGGAUGAUGAUGGAGACUGGGAGCUUGGUGAGGAGUUCGAAGGUGCUGGAACAGCAGCUGCUGUGGCUGCCCAAGAGGAGUUCAACAACAGAGCUGCUGACCCUGGAGCGCAAGGCGAAGAAGUCUGGUUGGUUGGCCGCCAUCGGCAGGGAGAAGUUCGCAUUAGUAAUGACGAGCUUCUUUGACGAUUUUACCGUCCUUACUCGCACUGCGAGCGCCAAGCACGUUAGCCUCGUUGUGGCCAACAUGUUCAAGAAGCUCGGCUGGCAAGUUGCCACCGAACCCAAGAAGAAUGUUGACUUCAGAGAAGUCUUUGAUGUGCUAGGAGUCCGCUUCGACUUGUCGAAGCAACACCUUGGACUCAUCUCUGUGCAGAACAAGCCGACCCGUGCAGCUGAGCUAGGCAUGGUCCUCAGCGAGGCCAUGUCCCGUGGAUCCAUGUCUCCACAUGAGGCACAAAGUCUGCGCGGCCGCCUCAUCUUUGCAGAGCAACAGACUUGGGGCCGCAAUACACGCAUGGCACUGAUAUGUGUUGGCGAUGUCGCCGGAGAGGGCCCGGAUCAGAUGGCUUUGUCUGAGCAGCUCCAGGCAAUGGAUUUCUUACUGAAGCGUGUAGUGCACGGCCCGCCUAGGACAGUGUCCAUCCAUAGGCGCCAGCGUUUUCACUUGUAUAUCGAUGGUGCCUGCGAAUGGGA